GAAGAACUCCUCAUCCAUUUCCAUGAGCUUGUGGGUGAGCAUUCCGGUGAAAAUAUGGCCCAAGCGGUAUUUGAAACCCUACAUCUGUUCGGCCUCAAGGGUCGAGUCCUUGCGAUAAUGGCCGACAAUGCAUCAAAUAACGACACAAUGUGCGAGGAACUGCAAAAGCUGUGUGAGCAGGCAUACAUCACUUUCAAUGCGCAGCAGGCUCAAUUACGAUGCUUGCCGCAUACAACACAUCUUUCAGCAUUAGUGGUAGGUACAAAUUUCGCUUAUUUUGUGUCCACAUCUGAUUUGUUUUCGGUUCAAGUUGUUAGAAGGCAUUGGUGCUGUCAAGGCAAGCAAGACAACAAAGAACCACGAUGCGUACCAGGAUUGUGUGACUGCACCACUCACUCGAGAGCAGGACAAUGA